CACAUUGUCACUCCACAUCAAACAGGCAGGAAACCCUUGGUGUGUGACCUCUUUCUGUGUCUACAAAGAGUAUGAGAAAAAAAGCCAGUUUACGCUGUCACUUCUGCAACGAUGACACGGCUCUAUUGGGCCAUGUUAUUGAUCGGGUUUUGUUCCAGUUCAGAGAGCACUAUAAUUGUCAAAGAACCUGGUGAGAUAAUCACCUUGAAGUGUUCCUCAGAAGGAUGCCCCCAAAACAUUGAUGGUUUUCUUGGGAUGUAUCUGUAUCAUAACUUUACUAAACAGAAUGAGGUGUAUUUUUAUAGCAAUUAUAUCAAUAGCAAAGCUACAGUGCGAGCGCAAUAUGAAGGGAAGAUUGAGACUGAAGGAAGUUUUAUGAACCAUAACAUCACCAUGACCAAUCUGACUGUGGAUGAUUCUGGUGUCUACUCUUGUGUUUACAAAAAAUUCAACCAUAGAGUCGAGUGCAACGUCUACACCGUUUUCAUACGAGAGGUGGCACCAUGUCCGGGACAAGAUGACCUUCGCACCUUGGUGUUAGUUGUCAUUACCUGCACGUUCCUUAGCGUGCUGUUAAACAUAAUCUUUAUCCUACUGAUAGUCCACAAGGUGAAACAAGGGAAGAGCUGCAGAAGAUUAUCCAGGAGUUCCCAGCAAGAACCAGAUGAUUAUGUGUAUGAAGUUAUGACCAAGAACAACCUCUACUCUUUGUCAACUUCACCGCAGCAAUCUCAAAGCCCUUAUGAGUUUUCUUAGAAGUACAGUAUCAUUAUUUAGCUUCCUGAAUUUAUCAAUCAUGCUCCAUAAUGUGUCAUUAAAAAUAAAAGUUUAAAAGUUAUUAAACUCUCAGAAAUGAAUGAAAGCUAUGCAGGAGGUACAGUGACUGUCCAACAGGAAGUAUGCAAAAUGAUCACCAAAGCUAUUUAUUACUUUAUCUAUAGAAUUAAUAUUACCGUGGAGCACAACAUUUGCACAGUAAAGCUUACUGAUUUGUUCAUUUCCAACAUGAAUACAAUUGGUGAGUGUUUCUGGCUUCUUUACUGCAAUAUAGGGCAACCAUUUUUGAGGUUUGUGGGGGAGGGAUGGACGGAGAUGUGAGCAGAAACCAACUAAGAAGAGGGGCAGGAGCAGAUCGGUAAAUGGUUUACAUGACAAACUGCAGAUUUCGCACGAUAUAUUAUUACAGACAAUUAUUCUUUGCCAUAAUAAGGUGUAUAAAACAAAUAAAUGUACAAUGAAAAAACAUGCUUUUUUCCAAGUAAAUAUAUAUUUCUAAAGGUGCUAUUGAUGUGAAAGUCUCACUAGAUUUCAGUAACAACCCAUCCAAUCCACAAAUGCAAAGAAAUCAAACCACUGAUGUUAUGUGCAAUAAUGAGAAAUCCAUCCAUUCGCGUCGCGGGGGGCGCAGGAGCCUAUCCCAGCUGUCAUAGGGCGAUAAUGAGAAAUCACACAGGGAAAAAGUUUUGAAAAUGCUUAUUGAAAUUUAUUUAACAUUUCAUACAAAAACCUUGUUGGCUGUAUGGAGAACCUAGUCACAUGCAUUGCUCAGGUUUGAUUUUGGUUCAUUUGUCCACACAAAAGUCUUAAAACCCUGAAGUUUUGUGGGCCCUUCUAUAAACUCUGAGCUUUGGUUCUUUACAUUUUCAGCUGGAUUCAGGUCAGGUUCGGCUAUUCUAGCAAACUUUUUCUUUUUCUGAACCCAACUGAGAGUUUCCUUGGCUGUGUGCUUCUCAUCAUUGUUUUGCUGAAACAUCCACCCUCAUUUCAUCUUCGUCAUCCUGGUAGAUGGCAGCAGAUUUUUAUCAAGAAUGUCUCGGUACAUUUUUCCAUUCAUUCUUCCUUCAAUUAUAUGAAGUGUGCCAGUGUCGUAAAGCUGGAAAACAGCCCCACACUGUGAUAAUCCCACCUCACUCUUGGUGUAGUAUUUUUGGGGUGAUAUGCAGUGUCUAUUGACCUACAAACAUGGUGUGUAUUAUGGCAUUCAAAGAGUUCAAUUUUGGUCUGAUCUGACUUUCAGCUUGUGUAAAUGUUGUUCAGUUGUUGCUUCAUGUAUUCGUAUUUAUGUUUUUGUGUUACAAAUGCUUAUAAAUUCUCCUAUUUUCUCCCCCUUUCUUUUUAAAAAAUUGUCAUACUACAACUAUAAUGUCAUAACUGAAAUAACAGUAAUAAAAAUUCAUAAAUAAACAGAUAAAAGAAACACAUUAACAAGAGGAGCCUGUAGAAAACUUAUAGAGCUACUCUUGGAAAAGCAAAAUGUGAUGGCACAACAGUGCAUUUAGAACAUAAUUCUGAUUGCAAAAGCUGCCAGACAAAACAAGCAAACAAACAACAAAAAACCAGAUGAUUCAGUGAUGGAAAUCAUGGCUCAGGAUGCUGUUUGAGGAAAUGGCUGAGUGCCAGUCUUCACUGGAUCGUUGCACUAGUGUUUCCCAGCUCUUCGACACUGUGAAUGUUGUUCACUUGCCUGUGAAAGAGUUUCUUACCUGCUUUUCCAGUGCAGAGGUUUGCUUGAAACCUUGAAACCCAUGGACACGCAAUUGUGAGCAGCCUCUUGUCUUGAAGUGAGCAUUUGGAUUUGAAAUUCUUUGGAUUCUGUGGAGAGCCUAAAAGGAGACUGGGACUGUCACUGUUUUUCAUUUGGAUGUUAUAGAAAAUUCACUGUAAAUGCAUUGAACUCUGACCCGGAGUCCACAUUUGAGUCCUGCAUUUGAGUUCUGCCUGCUCCAAGAACCUUGGCAGAGAUUCUGUGGUAUAAACUUCACAACUUCAUGUGUUUGUUAAAGCAACUGCACACAUUCAGAGAGUACAGGCAGAGAAUAAUUUAAG